GAGGAACCCUCACAACGACAGCAACACUGCGACGCCUUCUGGGUUUCUGGUCGGGUAAAGUUGGCGCUUCGCGUAGGUGUGAGGGUCGUGCGUUGUUUGGUGAACCCUAUAGGCGCAUAGCAUUCGGGAAACCUUGGGGGGGGCCUGGCUGUUACUUAUCGCCACCAACAUGCGCCACAGUCAUAGGCAGCCCGGUUGGCUCUUCUUUGGCUUUCAUGUUUUCAGUCUGAAGAGCUUAGAAACCGUCAAAGUUCAUGCAAUGAGCUCAGUCCCUCCGCGACUAGAGUAGCCGUGGCCUGCUCUAAAGUCAAGAUGUAUCAAGAGAGACGCCGCGGGCAAAAAGUAACGGGGUGGGACAUUGUAGCCGCCACGCUGGCAAAGUGGAAGGAGCUGAGGAAGGGGGUCGCCUCAGCGUCUGCGAGACCACGAAGCGCGGCAAUCGUGUCCAAAAAGUUAAGCAGGG